UUGACAGCACCAUGUGUGAAGAUGACCCUCAAACUCGAACUCGCUUUGGAAGACUUGGAACGCGAGCUGGAAUGCGAGCUUGGCCAGAAUUACGCCAUUCUGUUGGCGCCGGCUUGGGAUCGAGUGAAGAAGGAAGUCCUAGAUGUUUCGGCGUCCGUUAGGACGGUCAACGGAUGUGUCGUUCGGGCUAGAAGCUACCAUGAUAUUGGUGAGAGAGUACUGGAAGACGAGGAAAGGGAAUGA